AUGGAGGAAGCUGCAGAGAAGCCGGUCUCUGAAGAGGCCAUUCAGGUGUCUCCAAACGAACUGCGGUUUCCGACGGUGGCGGCUUUGAAGAAGUGGAUGGCGGAGCAGAAGAAGAAUGGGAAUUUCUUUUACGUCUUGGCUCGCACCCACAAGCCAAAAACCCCAAAAAAGGGUUUGGGCAAAACCCCAAACCCUAAGCAGCAGCCCGCAAACCCUCCUCAACGAGAAACCCUAAUUUCUGUCUCCACCUACAAAUGCAAACACUGGAGAAACCCUGAGGACUUCGCCUCCUACAGAAAAUACAAGUCCCGUUUGCUGGCGGGGGCCCCCCUGGCGGGGGCCCCCCCCAUGGGGGCCCCCCUGGAAGCCCCCCUGGGGGCCCCCCCCGAGGGUCCCCCCGCCGUGGAGGGGGCCCCCCCGCAGCAGGUGGCAGAGGGUUCAGGGGGCCCCCCAGAGGCUCCCUUGGCGCUGGCAAGGCCUCCAGCGGCUGCGCUGUGCUGUUCCCUCAGGUACAAUGGGAUGCUGCAGGCGGAGACGGGGUCAAUUGAAAGAGAUUUUCACCUGCUGGCUGCUCUGAAAGAAUCUCUUGAAGCGCUGAAGAUCCUGGAGACGAUGACGCAGUAG